CUUCUGCUCAAACAUUUAAUUUCAAGUUUUCUUUCUGGUCAAAUGGCUGAGUACGACCUUUUAGUCCUCAAUGGACUCGUUGUCACACAUGAUAAGACGGCAGAGCUAGAUAUCGCAGUCAAAGAUGGAAAGAUUGCAAAACUACUUCCUAGGGGAGAAUUAGAGGGAGUGGAGGCGGAUAAAGUUAUUGAUGCUCAAGAAGGAAUGGUGAUGCCCGGUGGUGUAGAUGCACAUGUACAUUUGGACGAACCAGCGUUAUUUGGGAAAGGAGAGACUGCGGAUAAUUAUGAAACUGGAACGAGAUCAGCCAUUGCGGGAGGUACCACAACCUUGAUUACCUUUGCACCGCAACGAAAGACGGAACCCUCCCUAUUAGACGCAUUGGCCACCACCCACGCUCGAGCGAAAGGGAACUGUUACUCAGAUUAUUCCUUCCACCUGAUCUGUUCCAAUGCCGGCCCCCAAGCAAUCUCGGAAUUCUCUGCCUUGAGAGAAGCUGGGAUCUCUUCACUCAAAAUCUAUAUGACCUACGAAGCAUUGCAACUCAAAGACUCCGAGAUCCUAGACGUCUUGUUCGAAGCUCGAAAGCAGAGGAUUGUCACCAUGAUCCAUGCAGAAAACGGUGCGAUUAUCGAUUGGACGAUUAAAAAACUCGAAGAAAAGAAACUCUUUGCACCAAAAUAUCACGUCACCAGCCACCCUCCGGUAGCUGAGAUCGAAGCAACGUAUAGAGCGAUAAGUCUCAGCGGAUUCAUUGAUGUCCCGAUUCUCAUUGUUCAUGUCUCUUCCCCUGCUGCUGCGAAGCACAUCUCAGAUGCUCAGAAAAAGGGGCUUCCUGUGAAGGAUCUCGAGAAGCCUGGGUUCGAAGGUGCGAAAUGUGUGUGUUCACCGCCACCAAGAGAGGGAGAGCAAGACCAUGAAGGAAUCUGGCAGGGCUUGGAAGAUGGCACUUUCACAGUACUGAGCUCUGAUCAUUGUCCGUUCCUCUACGGCAACACCGAAACUGGGAAGAAGUUAGUUAUUAGCUCUGAAUACCCGAACGGACACUUCAAGUAUAUUCCAAAUGGAUGCCCGGGAGUGGAGACGAGACUCUCAUUAGCAUUAUCAGCUAAUCGUCUUCAGCUGCAGAAAUUCGUGGAGGUAACUUCCACUAAUGCAGCGAAGCUAUAUGGUUUGUACCCAAGAAAAGGAGCACUGAUCCCCGGGGAGAGCGAUGCCGACUUGACGAUUUGGUACCCGGUAGAAAUGAAAAAGUUCGUCCUGACUAAUUCGAUGCUCCACCAUAACGUAGAUUACACUCCGUAUGAGGGAAGGACGAUGAAACAAUGGCCAAGAUAUACGAUUUUGCGGGGUGAAGUUGUGUGGGCGAAGGAUGAGGGAGGUUUGGUGGGAAAGAAAGGGUAUGGUGAGUUUUUGAAGAGAGGCGUGAGUUCAUUGGCAGGAAGCCGGAGUGCUGAGGAGUGGGAUGUUCGAAAUUUCUAG